GUCGGCCGAGUGUAAACGAGUCGGCGUUUAGCAACGUGAGAGACGGACGCGCUCGCCGAUGCCUCGUAUCGCACUCGAUGCGGCACGCGGCGCGUUCUUUUGUUCUUGCUUUCCUCCUUUCGGCCUCGCCACAGUGGCUCGUGUGCGGAACACACGCGACAGUGAUCGCGUCCGGAGUCUCUCGUCCAGGAAGCGCGCGGCGCGUCGCGUCUUCCGGCGUCGAGAAUCGGACACACUUCGCCUUCCCUUGUGCGCCGCAAUUGCGACGCGUCCGACUCUUGCUGUGCGAUCAUUUCGCGGUGUCGAGGUCGCAGUGUUUACCUCGCGACGUCCCGUGGAACUCGUGACGAUAAGUGCGUGCGUGUUUUGUGUCGCGCCGACGCGAUCGAUAAGUAUCACACGGCAGUGUGACGAUUACUCGUCGGUGUGGUCGGUUGGUUGAUUGUUGGUUAGUCGGUUUGUUGAUUCGCCAAAGGAGUUUUUGCAGUGCGCGAAGUGACGCGAAACAAACGAGCUGCGCGUUCAAAGCGUGUGUUAGGCGCAUAGAAGAGAGUCAGUUCGUCACGACGAGUCCGAUGGUAUAACAUUGGAAGUUUGCGCGGCUUAUGAUAGACGCUGGAACAAAGAAAAAGAAAUUUGACGAGAAGACACUGCGAGGUGGGAAAAGCCCGGCUCCAUACCCGGUUUAUUAAGAUGACGACGCUGGCGAAAUGUCAGCGUCGUCGUAGCAACGCUCUCGCGACCCGUGGAGGAAUUUAUCCUCGCCAGUAGAGAAGCACUAGUGUCGUGUAUAUCGUUCACGAUGAACGACGCCGACGUGUUAGUAUCCAGCGGGCAUCGCUGCCUGCGUCGGGGAUUAAAGAAGUAUCCCAGUAUCGAUAAGAAGUUAUGGGACGCGAGCAGCAGGUGGAUACUGCAGUGGGAUAACAUAGUCAAGCAUCCUGGCGCGAGGGCGAGAGGAUGCCACUGCGAUAUCCACAAGCCUCCGUGGUUGUAUCCGGAUCUAGUUGGAAAGGACAGCGACGAACCUGACAGAGCGAUCAAAUCGGCUCCUGUUAAGAGGUUGAACAUGCCACCCAAAAGAGGUCAAUUUGGCCCCGCGAAGACGCCAUCCUCCACGUUAGCCCAAGCCGGAGCUGUCGACGAAGAAUGCUUCAUCACUUCGUUCGAGGACGUGCCUACCGUCACGUUGUAUUCGGCAAAGGACCUCGAGGAACAAAUGAAGGUUAUCAAAGAUGCAGUGGGUGACGAUAAGAAGGACUGGAAACAGAGAAUGGACAAUAUGAGGAAGUUGAGGGCCAUUGUAAUCGCGGGUGGCACUAACUACGAAAAUUUCCACGAGUGCCUAAAGAGCAUACAGCGACCGUUCGAACAGGCCUGCACCGACCUUAGAUCCCAAGUGGCGCGAGAAGCAUGCAUAACACUAGCCUUUCUGAGUCAGAGCCUGAAGACCAAAUUCGCCAGUUUUGGCGAGGCGGUUUUGCUCACGUUAAUGAACCUCAUACAGAACAGUGCCAAGGUCGUGGCGACAGCUGGUGCGGUGGCAGUUCGGUUUAUCCUUCAAAAUACCCACUGUAGCCGAUACGUGCCUAUUAUUAUAUCGUGCGUGAGCAACAAGAGCAAAGACAUUCGCCGCGCGUCCUGGGAAUAUCUGGCUUUAAUUUUGCAGACCUGGCCUACGCAGAUAUUGCAAAAGCACGUCACGGUAUUGCCGGACGCGCUUAAGAAAGGCAUCGCCGAUUCUGACGCGGAAGCGCGAGUUUUCGCCAGGAAAUCAUACUGGGCAUUUAAAAAUCACUUUCCAGAGCAGGCUGAAAUACUACUUAAUAACCUGGAUGCGACAUACAAACGCUCCUUGAUGUCUCUCAGCAAUAGCGGCAGUAGUAACAGUUUGAAUAUCGUGGCUAAUGCGAGAUCGUCGAGCGUUAGUCCACGCACAGCCAGACCCGUGAUGAGCGCAGCAGGUAGUACGGAAAAUUUGCAUCAGACCAUGGGCCAGCCACACGGCCCGCUCAGACGUACACCGUCCUUGCCUCGGUCUUAUCGUCAGUCUGGUAUCCCGAUACUGCAAAGACCAACAGACAGUCACUAUCGAGGAACACCAGGAGUUCGAUCUACUAGUGCGAUCGAUCUGCAAGCCGCUCAAAGGGCGAAGGCUAGAUUAAUGUACGCUAAUAUGAGCAGGCAGAAAGCAGCUGCGGCAAUUCCGCGUCCCAGUAAAUCACCGGAUCCCAACGCGGUUGCCAGCCCGGAAAGAGUCGCGAGGACCAGGACAAGAGUCUCGGGAGUUUCGCAGUCUCAGCCUAGCAGUAGGUCGGGCUCCCCGUCGUCUAGGCUAAGUUACGCCACGUACAAUCGCGAAGGUGAAUCACUGAUCGGCAGACCGAGGCGAUUAUCUGGACACGCUAUCAGCAGCACCAGUAACAGUCGCGAGCCCAGUCCGCAGAGAUUUGGAAUGGACAGAAGUUUCGCGAGUAAACUGAGAGGGCGAAAUCUGCACAUGUCGCCGACGGACAGCAGCAGGCCGCCAGUUAUGGCGCAGAAGAUGCUGCAGAAGUCGCGCGAGGCCGAGUCCGCUCUGGCGGACGCUCUGACAUUCGACAGCAUGGACAACUACACCAGAAUACCUGGAACUAAAGGGGAUCACAGCGACGACAGCGAGAACAGCAGCAUAUGCUCGGAACGGAGCAUAGACGGUUUCAGACGAGCUAGUGAUGACAUCAAAGAAAUUAUUGAGAACUGUGCUCACAAGCAUUGGGGAGACAGGAAGGAGGGUUUAGUAGGCUUGCAGCAUUUUCUGAACACUGGCAAUACACUGACUACUACAGAAUUACGUAGAGUAACGGACAUUUUUACGAAAAUGUUUAUGGAUUCCCACACGAAAGUGUUCAGUCUGUUUUUGGACACGCUAAACGAAUUAUUGGUUACUCACAACGAGGAUCUCGGCGACUGGCUUUAUGUUCUGUGCGCGAGGCUUCUCAAUAAGUUGGGUACCGAUUUACUGGGAUCUAUACAAGCAAAGAUUCACAAAACGCUUGACGUUGUGAGAGACUGUUUCCCGGGCCAACAGCUUCUACCAGCUGUGAUGAGGUAUCUGACAGAUCCAACACAAACACCAAAUUCUCGCGUGAAAGUAGCAGCAUUGACUUUUAUCACGCAGAUCGCUGAGACGGCAGAGCCGUCCGCUCUGGGCAGUUCUGCAGCAACAGCGCUAGCACGGCUGCUCGACUGGUCGAAUGACACUAAAAGCCAAGACGUUAGGAGGCACGCGCAGAACGCUGUGAUAUCGCUUUACAAUCUGAAUACGCCUCAAGUUACUAUGAUACUCUCCGAAUUACCGAAAUACUAUCAAGAAACGGCAUGGCCUCUGGUGCAGAAUCACCUGAGGAAAUCGUCCGCUUCGAGUAAUCCGGCGUCACCCGGCACACCGCCGCCCAGAGCGCAGAGUUCGCCGGCACGAACGAAGGCGAAGAAUGAUAAUAAAACGGACGGAAAGACUGAAAUCGAUGGGGGCGACGAGAAUUUGGAGGAAGUAUACAAAUCAUUACGACGUACAACCGCAGAAAUCCAAAAUUAUGGCUUCGAACGGCUGGAGAGAGCCACCACUAGCAAAGACAGCGGGAUCAGUAACAUGGCAGACGUGGAGGAGCGAAUAGAAGGUCUGACGUUGUCUAAUUCGGGCCGAUCAUCGUCCGUCUCCUCACCGACCCAGCGGGGACGAUCUGUUAGUAACAUAACGGUGAACGGGUCCAGCGAUACGAUAGCCGGCGAUUUGAUUCUACCUCAAGAAAAUAAUGGUUAUAAAACGCAUGGAUCAUCGCCCGACUUAAUAAACAGACCAGAAAUCGUAGAUAAUAUGAUCAAGACGUUGCAAUCUAAGAUGACGCAAACCACAGAAAAAGCCACGGUCUUACAAGAAUUCCAAUCGUAUGUCCGCGAAGGCGACGCGUCGCAUAUUAAACGAAACUUCAAGAAAGUGCUCAAAACUUUAUUAGAUAGUCUAUCUAAUGACAGUAAGGCGAUACAAGUAGAGGUGCUUCAGACGCUAAUCGACAUGCUUAAAUGCUCUGAAUUGGUAGAGAGCUUCUCCUUUUAUCCCGAAUUGUUGAUACUGAAAGUUAUUUAUGCCUACAAAUCCGACGAUCAAAAGGUCGAUUCUUCCAGUGGUAGCGGCGGCAGAUCUCCAGUACAUUGGAACGCGGAAAAGUGCGCGGCGACGAUAGCUAUGGUCCUCAAGCCAGAACAAAUUAUUCAUUUGGUCUCAACUAUAAUCGCCACGGAGCCAUAUCCAUUGAAUAUGGGCGCAAUAAAGAUGUUGCAUAAAGUAGUGGAGCACUGGGGUCGCGAAGCGAUAGAACCUCAUCUUGCCAAGGUUAUGCCGGGUCUUAUCAAAGCUUACGACGAUGCCGAGAGUGCUGUCCGGAAAAGCGCGGUGUUCUGCAUGGUGGCGAUUCACGUGGCGGUCGGCGAGGAAGUGCUGAAACCACACCUGAGCUGCCUGUACUCUAGCAAGCUGAAAUUGCUAAACAUCUACAUACAGCGCGCUCAGCAACAGGCGAACAGUCAGCCGGCGAGUCCGCGCAGCAACAACAAGAAUUAACUAACAUCCAACUCCACGACUCUUCGGGUCGCGAUACUUAAGAGAUUCGCCCGUCUGGGCGCGCGGCAUGAACGAAUGCUUGUCAGCUUCCUCAGUAAGUCCAAUCCGUGAUUGUCGACGAUGAAGAAGAAGACGAUGAAGUUGAUGAGGUUUUAACAGUAUAACCGAAGGUUUUGAUACGAUAGAGACUGAUUUUGUGCACGUUACUUUUCCGUGGCGGCGUGCGUACGUGCAUGCGAACGAACGUUCACGAGACGACAGUGAUGUUGUACGGAACCGGCGGCAAACGUGUUACGGUAGCAGUCCGUUCAAAUGUGUUGCGCGUUCAAGUUAUCAUUUUCUCGAAGGAGCAGGGACAACACAACUCACUAUGCUGAAUUGAUUAUCGCGAACAGAUUAGUCUCGAUGAUCGACGAGUAUCAUGCAAAGAGGUGACUUCAGUCGGCAAAUGUGUCUGCGAAUAUUGUUCUGUGAUACGCUCACGAAGCUCACUCUAUGGAAGCAGUCAUCAUCAUUAAUAAUAUUAUUAUGUUUAUUAUUACUGUAUAAUAUUAAUAUUUGUUUACAAAAUAGACGACUAGUCGAUCCGUUUGGUCUCGCGCUAAUCACUUUUUCUUUUCUUUUUGCUGACAUACAGCGCACGCUAGACAUUCACAUAUAUAUAUAGUUUUUUAAUUACAUUUAAUUACUAUCUAUAUUUUAAUACAUUUCAACACUUCUCAAUUUGUUAAAUAACUUGUGUAACCUUUAAAAAUAUUAAUCAUUCUAACGUGCGAAUCGUCAGUUUCUCUUGCGCUCGCGUUCGCUUCUUCCGUCAUUCUCUCAUCGAAUACGCAGAAACCAAUUAGAUGUUCAGAAAACGUGGAACGAUGAGACUCGAAAUCGGCAAUACAUUUUGCGAAUACUUGAUUACUUUUUUACUUAUGAAUUAUCACUAUAAUAUUGUAUAUACUACGAUUAUAUAAACGUUUAUGUGUCUCACAAUGAAGAGAGUUACAGCAUUUAGAUAGUUUGCAAUAUCUCCGUUGAUAACUAAGCGUAUAGUGAAACUUUACAUUUUGCAAACAGUAACUUGUCGGAACUCAUUUUUUUCCUCCGUAUCGCUUCAAUUUUGUCACGGAAGAGCGAGAGAGAGAGAGAGAGAGAGGAUACACUAAUGACGGUGGCUGAACUGCUUUAAAGCGGACAACCGAGAGAAAGCAGACGGUGUGCAACAUCACUGUCUCCGGAUAUGCGAUAUGGAACAAUGAGCUAAUUAUCUCUCAUUAUAGUGAACGCUAAUCACGCAGGCUCCCGUUUUGUGUUGAAUGUGUAUACUUGUUACCGAUUCACGAGCGUUUAUGUGGUACGAUAUGUCGCAUCUGUUGCAACAUCUUUCGAGCGAACGAUGUGUAAUAACGAGGAACAGUGGAAAGGAAAGUGUUAAUUUAUUCGUUUGAAAUCUAUGUGCUAGUCAGAUUCCCAAGGACGCACAAUGACGUAAAAAGACUCAAACGGAAUAGUCGGGUCUUUUUUUGACAAACCAUGCAUAGACACACAAAUAAUACAUACAUACAAGAAGAAAUAUACUCGAAGAAAGAGAGAGCGAGAGAGAGAAUGUUGAGAGAAUGUGCGAAAAUGAGAGUCUGCUGCGUGAGUGAGAGAUUAACGCGCUUUAAGAGAAGUAAAGCAGAAUAAUAAAGUAGCGACGAUUAGCGCGAAACGAGAUCAGCUCGAGACUAACGUUUAACAUUUAAACUAUUCAUCACGUUGCCAAUAAUCGAACGAACGCUAAAUCAAAGCUAACGUAACGAGUUUAGUAACACUUUGUGCCAUUGUCGUUUCUGUUUAUUGUGUAAGGAAAAAAAUUAUAAUACUAUAUAUAGAUCCAUCCUUUGUCCUUUUCUUACUAUACAUUUAGUCGAGAUAUAUAUACGAUAAGGUAAUAAAAUAAUUUUAUUAUGAAUUUGUCAAAGUGAAUCAUUGAAGUAUUACGAGAUAUUGGGGGAGAAGAAUAAAAGAAAAUGAGAUCGCUUCGGAAACGUUUGUUCGUUUGUCCGCCGUAAGUAUUUACGAUGAUAUACAAGCGGGACGCAUUUCAAUACGUGUUUCCCCGAUAAGUAUGUAACGCGUAAUGUCUGAUAGUACCUCGAUAAUUCACUUGAGCGUGAUGACGCGGUGAUCUACGUCUCGAAAAUACAUACACACACAAUACGGCCAAAUAGUGCCAAAAGAAUAAAAAGUAAACAAGAAUACUUGAGCGAAUAGAGUGUGUAGCAAUUGGAACGUUAAACAUUGAAGAAAAAGAAAAAAAAGGAAUGAGAAAGGAGACACGGACGGACUGUGCAUUUCUUUUACUUGGUGCCUUCGGCGUCGACGCGACGGGAUUUGAUCGAAGAUUGUCUUUCAUCGUCAUCACUUAGGAACAAUUUCGCAGAUAGUAUACCGGCAGAAUAUAAAAAGGAGAAGAAAAGAAAGGGAGGAAGAUACGCGCGAGAAGUGUCUCUGAGCUGUUGCCGACGUCGUAUAAAUGAACAACUUCGCGUUAAAACGAAAAAGUCUUAUCGAUCAUUAUCGUAGAAUAGCGAAUUCCGUAAAGGACUCGAUAUUUUUCCCAGUCUGCGAUCCGAUAGAAUCUCGAAAGUACAUUGUGCAAAUGACUAUUUAUUCUACACGCCAUCCCACAUGUAUCACCUGCGCUUUUGCGAUACUUUGUUUGAAUUAUCGUCGAAGAAAGAAUAUUGAAGAAAACAAGAAAGUUUGUAGAAUCUUUAAUAUAUCGCGCGUCUAAUAAUCGACGCCCCGACGCCUAAAGUCCGCCGAAAAUCUGGACGCGCUGUCGAGAGAGAGAGAGAGAGAGAGAGAGAGAGAGAGAGAGAGAGAGAGAGAGAGAGAGAGAGAAAGAAAUAGAUACGAAAAGACAGACGGAUCUUCCCGAAAUUAAGUAUAAAUUGCGUGUCAAAUCGAAAAGUUCUGGGCGGAAGAACGAGUUUAUUAUAAGACUGCAUUUCGUUCUUCGAGCUCGAGCUCUUCGAUCUCUCCCGGUUUCGCAACAGCAGCAGCUUCGGUUCGUCGACCCGUUUUGAUUUCACGCCAGUUUUUUAGGGGUAUUACGGUCUGAUGUGUACCCGCGAUUGUGUAUAUAUAUACAUACUAUACGAUAUAAACGUAGAAACCUAAUAUGUGACAAUUGAUAUACGGAUUUAGGUAGCUCACAUCGUCACUGCCUGCAGCGUUGGUCGUGCUGAGGAUAAACCAGGCUCUUGACACAGCCAGGCCCUGCGUGGUGUGUGUCGUGAUCGUUUGUAACGAUGCUUGUUCUGUUAAGUUUUACGAGCAUUAUUACUGAUAUUAUUAUUAUUGAUUAUUAUUAUAGCGAUUCGACUUGCGUUGUAACUUGUGUCGAUGCGUGUGUGAUAUACGUAAGAGACAAAGAUACUUGUGUGUGUAACAGGAACGUCACGUGGAUGACGAGCCUGUCUUUUCCUUUUCGCACUAACGGAUCGUUCCGCUCACGAAUGAAGAGGAGAGAGAAGCUAGGGCGUUUUAGUAAGACCGAUGCGAGCAAGACGAUUUUAGGCUUUGUGCGUUGCGUUUCUCAUUUUUUAACGACUGUUGAAUGUGUAUCCGACACUUCACGCGCAUAACGUGACAUUUCGUCGUCGUCCUCGUCCAUCGAGACGCACCCGAUCCGCACUCGCUAUGUUCACAUCCGCCGUGCAAUUUGCAAUUUAUUCCGUAUCCCGCUUUAUGCAUAAUUCAAGAGACGGAAAGAGGGAGAUGUGUCUUAGAUCGGUGCGUUUCUUUGUCUCUCGACGCGAGAAUAAUUCGACGCGGGAUUGUCUAUUAUUGAUAGCUUCCACAUAUGUACAGAAUUUUAAUGGCCGAUAAUUAAGGCCCGACAGCUCGUACGAUUCGCCCUGCGAAACCCGACAAGUCUGCACAGACACACGCGGAGUUUAGAUGAGAAUUUUUAAUAGCUUUUAAUAGCUUUUUCAUCUUGGCAGAGAAAAACUUCGAGACUGUUGUAAUGUCGAUCAAAAAUUGAAACAGUUCCUUCGUUCUUGGACGCGAGCAAGUAAUCCCAACAUGAUGUCUAAAAUCGGGACAUAAGACGCCUUAAAAAUAAUCUUUAAGACGCCUUAAAGACAUUUAUACAUAAAUCGUCUGGAAGACAUCUUAAAGAUGAUCUUUAUGACGUCUUAUGUCCCGAUUUUAGACUUUGUUGUCUGGGAUGAUGCGUUUUAAUUGUAAAGAGAGUUGUGUUUUAAUCGAAAUUCACAGAGCGAUCAGCUAGUUACGUUAAAAGGGCGUAAUUCCGAAAAUUCCAUCGCGCAGAUGUUAUAAUUGAUAGGCACCAUUAACCAAUCUAAACAAAUUUAACCGAAUUUUAAAUAAAUAUUCGCUAGUGUAAUAAAAAAAAGUCUGCCUUUUGUAUGGAGAAAAAAGAAACUUUCCUUUUUUAAGCAGAGUUUUCGAGCGGUUUCAUUGAACGUAAAUUUUCUCUUUACAAGAAAAUUAGGCCCUUUUGACAUCGGACAGUUCGUCUCUGAACUCGGGGGCCCCGCGGAGCCAUGUUUUCUCGCUCGGGCGCGCCGCUACUGACGUCACGUGACGUCACGCUCGCGAGGCGAGCGCCACCUCGAAUUUAAACGGCUGCCUCGACGCAGUCACACUGUUCGCGCGCGUCGGCGGUCCGACCUUUCGUCUCGCGUGUGUUUCGACGUGAUGAGGAGGUUCUCGUUCGAGCUGCGGCGACGACAAGUGAGUAUUGUCACAGUCCAUUUCGUUAACUGCACCAAGUAAUCGAUCGACAUCGCGAUAAUUACGAGACAGCGCAACGGCGGCAAGAUGCCGCGGAGGUUAAAUGUUCUCUUCGCGACGGUUGCGCGAGUCGCGCGCCGAGUGAUUAAUGAAAUAUUAAUGAAAUCGAGUCGCCGCGAGAGAACGCCGCUAAUUGGCCAUGAAUACGGAAUGAUCGAUGAGCGCCGAUUAACGCUCCGAUCGAGAUUAAUUGUUUCGCAUGGCGGAUUCUCGAGCUCGCGCGUCUCUAUCGCGCCGAGACAGCCAAGACGCCGCACAGAAAGACUCGAGCAAAUUGGCCAAUUGAUCGAUGACUCAUUCUCACGGUCUGAGAAUGAUCGAUUGUGAUUGGUCGAUUUUCUUACCGCUCAAAUCUUACUGCUUACGUCUUUCUGUGCGCCAUCCGCUCAAGGAGCCUUGACAACUCGGCGAUUUUGCGGGCAUUUUGCCUCAGCGACGCUCGUAAACGUGUAUUUGUUGCACCUCUUCCUGAUCCCUUCCUCCCCCCCCCCUCCCGCCCUAUUUCCCGAGAAGUGCACGCAAGCUGUCCCGUUUUCAUCGCGUCGAAUCUCUUUCCUUUCCUUUCCUUGUUUCCGAAAGGAAAACGUACGUAACGAGCUUGAGACACGACAGAGAAAGGAAUUAUAGUAGAAGGGAGAAACAAAUGGAUUCUACCGAGAUUUUUUCACGCCGAUAAAUCGUAAACGACUAUUGCGACGAUAUUACUUGUAUUGUUAUUGUAAUUGCCAACUUGACAUAAAUAAAGUAUUGCUACAAGAUGCCGGUUGUUACUGCUCCCCGCAUUUUCGUUCGCGAAUCGUUUUCUCUUUCAAUUGAAAAUUGAAGUCAUCACGGUAGAGUUUGGCAAUUGCAAUAGCAGUGUCCGCCUUUGUUCGCCCACUAGUUGACUUGAAACUCACGAGGAAUAUACUUGCGAUAAUCUUCCGAGGAAAUAAAGAUUUGGUCUCAAUCGCA